AUGCCGCAUUAUAAACUCACUUACUUUAAUUUCCAUGGAUAUGGUGAAGGUGCUCGACUCUUAUUUCAUUAUGCGUCCGUUCCAUUUGAAGAUGUGAGGGUAACUCCUGAGGAGUGGCCACAGUUAAAACCAAAAAUGCCUUAUGGUCAAGUACCAGUUCUUGAGGUGGAUGGCGUACAAAUACCUCAAAGUGCUGCAAUAUUCAGAUACCUGGCUCGCCAAUUUGGUUUGGUUCCUAAUUGCCCAAUAGAAGAAGCUCAAGUAGAUGCUGUAUACGAUGCUCAGAAAGAUUUUGACAAGGAAAUUGAACCAUAUUAUGAGAUAUUUGAAGGGCUGUCAAAUGCUGAUAAGAAUAAGGUCCUGAAGGAACUCGUUCUUCCUGCUAGGGACAAAUAUUUUGGUCAUUUAAAGAAGCUUCUGACUGCAGGUGACGGGAUACACCUGGUGGGCAAACAACUUUACUGGGCCGAUAUCGUCAUUGCUGACACUUUGAUGGUUAUUGAACGUAUGGCCCCUCCACUCUUUGAAGGUUUUCCCGAAAUCAAGAAAUUUGUUGAUGAAAUUCACAAAUUACCGGCUUUGAAAAAAUAUCUUGAAGAACGCCCAAACAGAACGGAACCGCAUUUUUGUUUAAGUGAAACCUUACCUGAGUAUUGA